AUGUUUUCCGCCAGCACUGCUCUCGUUCUAGUUGACCCUUACAAUGACUUUCUUCACCCUGAAGGCGCUCUCACGCCGCAUCUCCUAGACCUCCAAGAGAAGGGCACGGUUGAGAACAUUAGGUCCGCCGUCGCCGCUGCUCGCUCCAAGGGCAUUCCAAUUUACUACGGAAUGCAUCAACAGUGCAACGAGCACACUUUUCUUGGGUGGAGACACAUGACACCUAAUCAUGUCAGACAGAAGGACUCGCAAGUCUUCAAGGAGGGAUCGUGGGGUGCGGAGAUCCUCCAGGGCCUUGAACCGGAUGCGUCCAAGGGCGACGUCGUUGUUAGUCGACAUUGGAGUAGCGACUCUUUCGCAAACACUGAUCUCGACUUCCAACUCCGCCAACGCGAGAUUACUCAUCUCGUUUUCGCGGGCCUGACGGCAAACACCUGCCUGGAGGCCUCCGCGCGCCAUGCCUUUGAACUGGGAUAUCACGUCACUCUAUUGAAGGAUGCCACGGCCGGGUGGUCCAAGGAGUUGACUGAUGCGGCGACGGAGCUGAUCUGGCCCCUCUUCGCCCAGGAGGUCCUGAAGACGGAAGAAUGGGUCCAGAAACAAGCAGUCAAAAGCGUGAUUUAG